AUGGCUUAUCAUAUUCAUGCGGGAGGAGCCGCAAGCCAUCCAUUGCUGGAUCCAUGCUCCAACGGCUUAUUUUUGGCUAAACAAGUUGUGUCUCGGUUCGCAGAACUUGACAUCACGCAGAUUGGAUCUCUCGUUGCAAUUGCCGGGGUAUUAUCGACUGCUUGGAGAUUUUUGCGACGUGCUUGGGAUGAGACGUAUAGCUGGGUAAGACAUUCUCUUCUAGCUUCAGUCACAAUACCUGGAGGGGAUCCUCUCAAUCGGAGCGUUGUGGAAUGGAUCCUCGCAAAUCGACCGCGUAACUAUCGAUCUUUUACGGGACUCACGGAAGUUGGGAAUUCUGGCAUUGAUCGGGCUGCAGCACUGAAGAAAACUCGACAUCCAGUUCGUUAUCUGCCCCACUGGGAUACCAGGUGGCUCUGGUAUAAUGGAAAUGCAUUUCUUGUGGUGCGCUCCAGUAAUAGCGGUGUCUCCAUGUCUAAUCCGGGUUAUGACGGUAUUGGUGGAGAAGAAAUUACGAUAAGCUGCUUUGGCUGGUGCGCAGACCCUGUCAAGAAGUUUAUAAAAGCUUGUCGAGAGUAUGCUGAGACGCAGACUCAGUUUUUCGUCAUAAUAUAUUCACGAGAUCGAUACGGGCUUGCAUGGCAGCCUAAAGCCCGAAAACCGAUUCGCCUUUUGGAGACGGUUCAUUUUGAUAAUCAGCUCAAGCAGGAUCUGCUAGCAGAUAUCCGAAAUUAUCUGGACCCUAAGACUCAGAGACGUUACCAAGCACGAAGCAUGCCCUAUCGGAGAGGAUAUCUUUUCUACGGACCACCUGGAACUGGAAAAUCAUCUUUAUCCCUCGCCAUUGCGGGCGAGUUUGGUCUCGACCUUUAUGAAGUUAAAAUCCCCAGUGUCGCUACCGACGCCGACCUGGAACAGAUGUUUCAGGAUAUUCCACCGAGAUGUGUCGUCCUACUCGAAGAUAUUGAUGCUGUGUGGACAGAUCGCUCAAUCGCAUCAAAAACCGUGCAAGAAGGACAACCUAUGCAGAAUUGCACCCUAUCCGGACUCUUGAAUGUUCUGGACGGCGUUGGCUCACAAGAAGGUCGUAUUGUUAUAAUGACAACCAAUAGACCGGAAGCCCUGGAUAGUGCACUGACCCGACCAGGCCGAAUUGACAUGAAGGUUUAUUUGGGCAACAUCAAUCAACAGUCUAGCAAGGAGAUGUUCCUGCGCAUGUUUUCCCCUGACCUGGGUUUCAAAACUCUGGUGGACAUGGAUGAACUCCAGGAACUUGCCACCGAUUUUGCCAGACAGAUUCCGGAUGACAAAAUAACUCCAUCUGCUUUACAAGGCUUCUUUCAACACCAUUUAGACAGUCCAUAUGACGCUGCUUCCUUGAUUGGUGGAUGGGUCAAGGAGGAACUUGCAAAGAGGUCUGAUAAGGAGUUUGAGAUGGUAACAAAUAACGAAAAUGUUUAG